CAUUUGGGGGAUAUCUGUACUGUUCUGACAUUUGGGGGAUAUCAGUACUGUUCUGACAUUUGGGGGGAUAUCUGUACUGUUCUGACAUUUGGGGGGGAUAUCUGUACUGUCCUGACAUUUGGGGGAUAUCUGUACUGUUCUGACAUUUGGGGGAUAUCUGUACUGUUCUGACAUUUGGGGGAUAUCUGUACUGUUCUGACAU